UCUCUGCUGAGUGCCUCCCCCGUCUCUCCACAGACUGUGCGGCCCAAGCGAGGAUUUUCACGAAAACAUCCACCGCAGACUGCGUACCAGUGGCAACGGGAAGGCAGCUACGACGAACUGGACCCGACGCGAUGGAUCCAGCGGCGUGACAGCCGAGCCGAUGGCGUUUGUAAAGUUGGAUAACCGUGUUUGGCCUUGAAGAGAGACGUUUGAAGCGUGAAACUGAUUUGACAGAAAUUAAUACGGUGUCACUUGUUAGACAGAAAGACGGAGUGAGAGGGGCCAAAGUGGACUCCCUCCCUCGGUAGAGCUCGUUCCGCCCGAUGGAGGCUGACGGGACCUUUGCAGCGAACUCGAGGCCUGGAAUGUCACCUGUGAAACGUCGACAUCUCGUUGGAGGACUUAAUUAAGGCGAAGGACCGCGCACACCUGUCUGCGCUUUCGACGAUUCAUUUGACAACUUCUUUAAAAGCCUGUAUACAAUAACAAAAGUUAGCAGGUCAGCGUUAGCUGCGGGAGGCGACCCCUCGCGCAAGAUGACUAUCAUAGAUAUCACUUAACGAGAGGUUAUUUACCGCCUCAGGUAAAAUAGGACAGGUGAACAGCGCACCAUUAUAUUUUUAAUGGACUUCUUUCUUCUGCUAGGUUUGUUCUAGUAAGUUGUGUAUUUCCCCCCCAGCAAGUUGACUGCAACCCUUUCGGCUGCGAGAAUUGAGCAGUUUUUGUUGUUGAAACAAGGCUUUCUUGGAUUUUUUUUCUCAUCAAGUGUUGCCUUUCCCCCCCUCCACUAACCAUGUCAUUCAAAGACAAUCCUUGUCGGAAAUUUCAAGCCAACAUUUUCAACAAAAGUAAAUGCCAGAACUGCUUUAAGCCCAGAGAAUCACAUUUGCUGAACGACGAGGACUUAAAUCAGGCAAAACCUAUAUAUGGAGGAUGGUUGCUGCUGGCACCAGAGGGAACACAUUUUGACAAUCCCUUACACAGAUCUCGGAAAUGGCAACGGAGGUUCUUCAUCCUGUACGAGCAUGGCUUACUUCGCUAUGCUCUGGACGAAAUGCCCAGCACUCUACCCCAGGGUACAAUCAACAUGAACCAGUGCUCCGACGUCAUCGAUGGAGAGUCCAAGACAGGCCAGAAGAACUCACUGUGCAUCCUGACCCCUGAGAAAGAGCACUUCAUACGGGCGGAGUGUAAAGAAAUUAUCAACGGGUGGCAGGAGGCUCUGACUGUAUACCCCAGGACCAACAAGCAGAACCAGAAGAAAAAACGCAAGGUCGAUCCACCCACUCACCAGGGUGGAGUAACUCGAAGCGAGUGUUUUUCCACUGAAGACAUGAAUGGACACCCAGAGCCUGGCCCUGCCAAGGUGACAGUGACCAGCAGCAGCAGCAGCAGGGGAAGCAUCCCUUGCCUGCCCAGCAGUAUUGCCAGCGCUGAGCGUGUUCCGAUGAGCCGCGCCACUCUGUGGCAGGAGGAGAGCCGCUGGAGCAGGGCCACCAUCCCCUGCAGCCGCAGUGCCUCCUGUAUUAGCCAGCUGAGCCAGAGCCAGCUAGACUCUAGUAUCACUACUCAAGACGAUGGCAGCACCAUGAGCACUGGACGUAAGGUACGAGUGGAGAGUGGUUACUUCUCCCUGGAGAAGACCAAGUCAGAGCCUUCUCCACAGUCUGCAUCGCAUUCUCAGCCACUUCCGCCACCGCAGCAUCUGCCCCUGUCCUCUUCAGCAUCCUCCUCCUCUUUAGGAGCUCUCAGUCCCAGGUACAGCUCUGAGUCAGAACCCCAGAUUUCCCCAUAUCAACCGUCCCAAGAUCCUCUUCCUUCUCCAGGUGCACUUAUUUCCCCCAGCUACUCCACCAUCAGCUCCUCUCAGAGCUCACUGGACUCCGAACCCAGCGGGACUACACUCACCUGGGAGGGAUACGGUGGUGGAGGAAGCACUGGUAGUGUCAGUGGUGGAGGAGGCAGAGUGGGCCGUUCUGGCAGGGAGUAUGCAGCGCUGUCUGAUGUGCCACGUGCUCGCAGACUGAAUUACCGCGAAGCCUUCCGCUCAGAGAAAAAGCGACAAGAGCUGAGGGAACGGACACGGAGUCCUGGCAGAGAGGAGGUGGCUCGGCUGUUUGGGGAGGAGCGCAGGCGUUCUCAAAUCAUCGGCCGGUUCGAGGAGGGUCCGCAUGAGGAGCGCAUGGACACAGGCAGCUCCAAUGAGCCCUCUGCUAACACCACGCUAAUCCAGAGACAAGGCCGCAGCGAAAGACGCUAUCUGGCAAACAAACAUGAGAUGUCACUGGAUGCGGGAAAGGACCGUUCAGUCCCUGAUGUGUCCAGCUCCACUUUUGCUAAUUUAAGAAGAGCCAAGUCACUGGACCGCAGAGUCACGGAGUCCUCAAUGACUCCAGAUCUGCUGAACUUCAAAAAAGGAUGGAUGACAAAGCUGUACGAAGAUGGAAUGUGGAAGAAACACUGGUUUGUCCUGACAGAUCAGAGUUUGAGGUACUACAAAGACUCAAUAGCCGAGGAGGCUUCAGAACUGGAUGGUGAGAUUGAUCUUUCUACAUGUUAUGAUGUCAAAGAGUUCCCAGUCCAGAGGAAUUACGGUUUCCAAAUCCUGUGUAAAGAGGGAGCUUGCACCCUGUCAGCCAUGACCUCUGGAAUCCGCCGCAACUGGAUUCAGGCCAUUAUGAAGAAUGUGCGACCCACGAUUGCCCCCGAUGUCACUCGAUCCCUCCAUGACGAGAAGGUAAAAGCCCAAGUGAUGCUGGAACCGUUUCCACAGGCCACACCUGAGCCAAUCCCCAGUCCUGAGGCCCCCAAGUCUGAUGUCCACAGACAGCCUGCUGGCAACAAUGCCUCUGCCCCUCCCUCUGAGCCUCGUAAAAGCAGAGUUCGUGAGCGCAGACGAGAGGGUCGCUCCAAGACUUUUGACUGGUCUGAGUUCAAAAUGGAACAGACAGAAAAGCCUGUGAAGGAACGAGCAGACACAGUCGACCUCAGCUCAUCAUUCUCCACAACAUCCUCUUAUUGCUCUCCCUCCUCUUCCACUUCCUCGUUAGCGUCCUCUCCUGUCUCUACCUCUUCCCUCCAAACCUCUUCUGUGUCGGGUGCUCACCAACCCUCUAUGGCAGAAGACGCAGAAAAGAAGAAUGGAAGGAGGGGUAUUACUCCACAUAGCACAACCAGUGCAACCCACAUGCCAAAUACUGUUAGUGUUACUAUGACUUCCACGCUAAACACUGCACCACAGGUACAGCCAUUGAUACCUGAAUGCCAAGAGCAAGGAAAGAUGGAAGUAGACCACCCUACAGCCAUGCAUACUGCAAGUGUAGAUAAAAAGGACAACAGAACCUCAGAUGUCCAUGAAGAGAUUGAGCACCGAUGGCAUCAGGUAGAGACAACACCGUUAAGGGAAGAGAAGCAAGUUCCCAUCAGCACAGCUUUAGGGAACUCUGGUGACAGAUUGCCUGCAAAUGAGCUUGCUGCACUGCUAGACAAAGAGUUGGGACAGAAGCAGAAAGAGCUGGACCAACUACAGAAGCAAAACAGUGUUUUAAAAGAGCAGUUGGAGGAUGCGCUAGGGAGAGAACAAAGUGCCAGAGAGGGCUAUGUACUGCAGAGUGCAACACCCUCUUCCUCAUCACCGCGCAGAGUGCCAUGGCAACACUUGCACACGCUUAAUCAAGAUUUGCAGGGUGAGUUGGAAGCCCAAAAGCGCAAGCAGGACCUUGCUCAGCAGCAAAUUCGGACACUAAAGAGAAGCUACACAGAAGCCCAGGAUGCUGUAGACCGCCAUGAGGCUGAUAUUCAGGCUCUGCAGGCCAAACUAGCGUCUGCAAUGGCUGAAAUCUUGGCUAGUGAACAGGCAGUGGCAAGAAUGCGAAAUGAGCUCAAGCUAGAACAGGAGCGUUCAAAGGAACAAGACCUGGAAUAUGGCCGUAAUGAGACCACCCUACGUGCCCAGCUAAAGGACAGUGAAGAUAGACUCCGGGAAGUAGAGGCCAGCCUCUUAGAGAGAAACCAGGCCCUUAGGCACCUGGAGCGCCAACAGGCCCUGCAACGAGAUCACGUGAGAGAGAUACAGAGGCUGCAGGAGAGGCUCCAAGAAGUGACUGCUCGGCUAAGUGCUACUGAAGAGGGUCAGGCACUGAAGGAGGAGCGCCUGAGGAAGGAGCAGCAUAGCCUGCAAGAGAGUCAUGAGAGGGAAAGACAGAAUCUGUGUAGAAGAUUAGCUGAGGCUGAAACUGCACAGAAGGAGAUGGAGGACAGACUGAUGGAGGCUGAGCAGCAAGUAGAAGCCCUGUUAAGAGGUAGGCGGGCCUCAGGAGGAAAAGAAUGCAGGGAGGAAGUGCUGAAGUUGCAAGAGGAGCUGGCUCAGAAGAUUGACACGGUUGAGUCACUGAGGGAGAGUGUGCGUAGGCUAGAAGAAGAGAAAAGCCAUCUCACUUGCCGCUGUCAGGAGCUUCUUAACCAGAUUGCAGAAGCAGACCGUGAGGUGAAUAAGCUUCGCAAUCGUCUCGAAACGGAAGAGGCUGAUUACUAUACACUGGAGCACUCAUAUGAGAGGGCUACCCAAGAAUUUCAGAAAAUGAGCCAGUUCCUUAGAGAAAAAGAGGAAGAGAUCCGGCAGACUAAGGAAAUGUAUGAAAGGCUGGUGGAACGCAAGGAAGAGGACUUGAAAGAGGCCCUUGUUAAAAUGACUGCACUUGGCAACAGCUUGGAGGAAACAGAACAGAAGUUGCAAGCUAAGGAAGAGCUUCUUUGUCAAAUGAGUCAAAGUCUCUUAGAUAAGGUUGAGCCCUGUAGUGCUGAAAAGGAUCUGCAAGCCAAGCUUGUGGUUGCAGAGGACCGCAUAGCAGAGCUAGAGCAGCAUCUCAAUGCCCUACAGCUGGGCUAUGCUGACCUACGCAUGGAAAGGCAUCAAAUUCCACAACAGAGCAAGAAGGGCAGGCUUAAAACAUCAGCCUCCUCCCCAAACCCAGAGCUCCCACUUUCCUUUGCAAGUACAUCAAAGACAGAGAACUCCCCGUAUGAUAAGGAGUCUCAAGCUAAGAGACCAAGGAUACGUUUUUCUAGUAUUCAGUGCCAAAAAUACAUGAAUCUAGAGGGCCUGGAUACUAGCCCUGUGAGCAGUAUCUUUGCAGACACAAGACAAAACCUUAACCAGGAUGUAAAUGAAGACAUCCAUCUAAGUGAAGGAAAUAUCUCCCCUGAUAUCACAUUUCCUCACAGUAGUGACCCAGAGAAGUUCAUCUCUAUCAUACAUGCCCUAGAGACUAAACUGCUGGCCACAGAGGAUAAACUAAGAAACCUGACACAGAAUCUAGAAGAUCAACGAUCUAUCCAUGCAGAAGACAUGUCCAAGAUUGAUCUAAAGUUGAAAAAAGCAAAGUCUAACCCUGAUAAAGAGUUUAGUUGUGGAAGUGGGAUACAGAGUAAUGCUGCCAAUAAGCAUUAUGCCAAGGCCCUGGUGUGUGUUGAAAAUAGUCGAGAGAAAGUCAGGGCUAUUCUCAGUGGCUCUCAUGAUACCGCUGAUUCACAGCUGCACUCAUUGUCAGAGAUAGAGAAUGAUUUGUUCAACGCAUCACUGUACAUUCAACAAGGACAAAAGACAUUGGAAGAGCAAUCACCAGUUGUCCAUCAAAAUCAAACCCAAGAGUCUCUAGAUAAAGAAGCUCUGCACCUCUUUGCCAAAACUCUGUCUUUUGAGGCAGUAGUUUUGAACAAGAUGGCUUUGUUAAUACAGACUUCAAAAUCUGACCUUCUUCAAGCUCUUGCAGAGAUAUGGGAAGACAUAGAGAACAUUAAAAGGAGUGACAAAGAUUCCUUGGCUGUAGUUUAUGCUGAUGUCUUGACCAGGAAGUUGAUGUUGGAGAGUGCAUUCUGGAAAGAAUUGGAGAAAGCUGAGACCGAUGUUGCUAAAUCCAAAGAGAGCAGUGUUUCAGCUGAUGCAGAUGUUGAUGCCACUGUUAUCUUUAACACCUCCAUUAAAGCAGAACUAGCCUACUCGAUUCAAAACCUUAAACAAUGCUAUGAAGAGAAAUUCAAAAUACUGAAAAGGGAGUUGACUGAAGCCCGUAGUAACCUAAAUCAAAGGGAGAUUGCUUUGAAAGCAAUUAUUGAUGCUUCCAAAAGGCCUGAUUUGAAAAAUGUAAUAAAAGAAGUAAAAAAUAACUUUGGGUUUAAUAAACAAAGGUUAGCUGACAUUCGCCCCCCUGAACUUGCGCCUUACAUGGAGCAGAUUGAAAUGGAAGAGGCUAGAGAUUUGGCUGAGGAAAUUGUAGACAGACACUUGGCAGGAGAAAUGCCUUCCUGUGGUGUUGACCCUGAAUCACUGCAAAAUGCACAUGACAUCCUGGCUAAUGAGCUUCAAAGACAAGCAACAAUCCUCCAUAAGUAUGCUCAAGAGAUAGAAAGUGGUGGAAACCAUCCUGGUCUGGCUAAAAUGAUCCACACUCUUCUAGGACACCAAACUUCACAUAGUUUCACAAGUACUUCUCUUUGUAUGCGUGAAGCCCUAACUCAGGCUCAAGUGGCUUAUGUGGCAUGCAGGUUACGGGCCAUGCACGAACAAGACUUGGGCUGGUGUAAGCAGACAGGUCAGUCCAUGGAUGCUCUUGUCCAGCAGCAUGCCCGCAAUGUCAGUGCAAUCCAAGAGAAAUAUGAAGCAUCCUUACAGGAGGAGCGCCUGAACUUCACACAAACGGUGUCCACUCUCCGGAAGGAGAACCAAACACUAAAUAGUGAGAUCAGCAAACGUGUGAAACAGCUCUCCCAGCAGCAGGAGCAGCUGGCUCUCCUGGAAGUGCGUUUCCAGAAGGAAACUGAAGAGCUGAAGCAGAGGCACAAGCAAGAGCUAAGCCAAGCCGAGAAAGGCCGCGCCUCAACAGAACUGGCAUUCAUGGAAACAACCGCUGACAGUCAACGAAAGGUAGAGGUUCUGCUGGUGGACAUGGACACCAUGGAGGAGCGGCAUGAGAGUCAUGUGAGAAAACUAGAGGAUCAGUUUGAACAGAAGAUAUGUGAGCUCCAGCAUAUCCACAAAGAGGAGAUUGAAAAGUUACAUUUCCAGUAUAUGGAAAACAUUCACCGUGUCAAAGAGUACCAGCAGGACAAAACAGGUUAUGAGGUUUCAAAUUCACCUCCCUGUAUCGAGGCCACUACACCAAUGGAGGAGGAGGAGCAGGGGAAAGGGGAGGAUGUACCGAACAUGUCGGAGGUGGACUCCAUGGUGGUUCUGAAAGAUCGGAUCCAGGAGCUGGAGACACAGAUGAACACCAUGAGGGACGAACUGGAGAACAAGCACCUAGAAGGAGAUGUGGCCAGCCUGAGAGAGAAAUACCAGAGAGACUUUGAAAGUCUUAAGGCCACGUGUGAACGUGGCUUUGCAGCAAUGGAAGAAACACACCACAAAGUAAUACAAGACCUCCAGAGGCAGCAUCAGAGGGAGAUUUCCAAACUUAUGGAAGAGCGAGAGAGACUGUUGGCUGAGGAGACUGCUGCCACAAUUGCUGCUAUUGAAGCUAUGAAGAAUGCGCACAAGGAGGAAAUGGAGAAGACCCACCGUUCCCAACUGAGUGGAGUGAACUCUGAUAUUGAUGAACUUCGCUUACAAUACGAGGAAGAGCUGCAGUCCAUUCAGAGAGAACUGGAGGUGUUGUCAGAGCAGUACUCUCAGAAAUGUCUGGAGAAUGCUCACCUGGCCCAGGCGCUAGAGGCCGAGAGGCAGGCCCUCAGGCAGUGUCAGAGAGAGAACCAGGAGCUAAAUGCUCACAAUCAGGAAUUAAAUAACCGACUGACUGCAGAGAUCACUCGGAUGCGGUCAUGUUUCAGUGGUGAAACAGUGCUUUCACCACUUACCCAGGGCAAAGAUGUGUAUGAACUGGAGGUAUUACUACGAAUUAAGGAGUCAGAAAUCCAGUAUCUUAAACAGGAAAUCCACUCUUUGAAAGACGAACUGCAGUCUGCUUUAAGGGACAAGAAAUAUGCCACAGACAAAUAUAAGGACAUCUAUACAGAGCUCAGUAUUGUGAAAGCAAAGGCUGACUGCGAUAUCAGCAAACUGAAGGAGAAACUGCUCAUUGCCACAGAAGCUUUAGGCGAGAGGACUGUCGAUGGAACGGUCACAUCCGGAUAUGAUAUCAUGAAAUCAAAAAGUAAUCCAGAUAUCCUGAAAAGGCAAUCCAAGCAAUCAAGAGCCAUAAGGUCAAAGUCUGUCACUGAACAGGUCUCAUGGGAUAGCUGACACUCCCAUUGCGGGGUGAUUCCUCCCCAACCCCCACCCCAAGAUGUCCUGUAGAGCCUAAAAGAGGGACUAACUGUGCAGGAGCGUAUGAAGCUGUUUGAGGCAAAAGAUUCCAAAAAGAUUUGAUUUAUCAAGAAUCUGAAGUUUCUCUUCUCUUUCCUGACCUUGGUUUUUGGUCAGAUUGCUAUGGCCGCAUCAGCUGAAGACUCUUAUAGGAAAUGAGAAAUAUCUGUCAAGGUCAAUUCUAAACCUGGACCUGCUGCUUCAAUGCCUCUGAUAAGUUGUCAUAUUUUUGUUUUAUUUUUUUUUUAUUAAUAAAAAGCUGUUUUAUUGAAUCAAAUCUAUCCUGUGUAAGGUUUCUUUUAAAAAUACAUUAAUGUAUAGUCUGUCAAGUUGGAGAUGUUUCAAAUAAGCUGUGAGAGGGAUACAUGACAGCAUUUUUAUUGAUCCUCCAUAAUGCCAAAACAGACAGCAAUACACAGUAUGAAUAAUAUAUAUUUCCCAGUAUCAAUUAAGUAUCUGCUGUAUUUUAUUAUUGUUACAGUUUCUAUAUUGCAUAAAUUGUAAUGUGUUUAAUGUUGCACCAGUUCUGUUGUACAUAACUACUGGAUAUAUGUAAGAAUAAGGUUUGCUAUUGAUUGGUGGGGCAUCUGCUGUACUAUAACUAAGGUUUGAUUGAUAGUGGGAAAACAAUGUGAUGCUUAACUUGCUAACGUAUGAGAGUUUCAUAAAAUGGAGUGUCUGUGUGUGAAGGGGGAUAAGAGUUGUGGGAUUGCACUUAUCACUUGACUACUUGAGGAAUCUUUUUUUUUUAAAUCAUUUUAUCUCAAUUUGGUGUAGUGAUUUCAAGUCUAUUAUUGCAGUGCAACCAAACACCCUGACUUCUGUCAAAUUUAGUGAACAAUCGUGACUUGUGAUACUGGAUUUUUUUAAUUUUUUUUUUAAGUUUCUUAAAACCUGAAUUUGUGUUUACUCAGUCUUGACUUUGGUGUGAGAAUAUCAUCUCAAAAAAAUAAUUUAGGACUUUGCAUGACUGUACAGUGUCAUUGGAACUGCAGAAUUAUCAUAUUGCCUCAACUUCCUACUUUAUGCUUUAGUGUGGAACUCGUAACACUAAUGAGCUUUGCUUUGCAAGUCCUACUGUUUAGGUGUUAAAAUGGUUUACUGUAUGCCGCAGUCUUGAAGCACUUGGCCCAGUCCCUGACCUCUCACUGAAAUCUAGUCGUGCCUCAACUGAGUGAAGAAUAUUAAAUAUCCAUGAAACCUGUGCAGCUAUGGAUACACACUGAAUAGUAUUCAAACCACGCCUUGUGUAUAUAUAAUAUGCCACAUGGAAGAGUUCUGUGUUUUGUUUUAAACUUGUACCUUGCUCACUAGCUCUAUAUGAAAUAUAUAUGAAUAUUUUUUAUUUUCAUUUGAAUGUAUAGCUUCAAAUAAAUGAAGUGUUUGGAAA